AUGGGUAGUGAGUGCGAUUUGAGGCUUCAAUCCGACUGGUACUCUCCGACUCGACUCCACGACAGCCCCGUUGAUUACGAUUUCCCGGGGGAUAGGUUUAUCCCGAAUAGGAGCCUGAUGGAUCUCGAUCAAGCUCAUGGCAUGUUGACGAACAGGACGAAGCAAGGGCCCCCAGAAAAGAAUUCCCAUACUGAAUUUCGCCGGAAACUGGAAAAUCUCACUCUCGACCCUGAAGGAAGGCAGUUCCAGAUGCUUGUUUUCAGGGGUAGCCCUAAAUCAAGCCGAAGGCCGGCCCACCUAAUAGACGAGAUGAGACGUAGUGUUGAGGAGAACCCUAUCCGUAAGCCCUUACGAGGGUUUCCUAAAAGUGAGUCCCGUAUCCUGGAUGCACCCAACUUGAGAAGUGAUUACUAUCUCGAAAAUAUUGAUUGGGGGAAAUCAAAUGUUUUAGCUGUUGCUCUAGGGACAGAAGUGUACUUGUCAAAUGUGGAUAGUCGUGGGAUAGAGUUGCUGUCGGAAGUGGAUGAGACCGACUAUCCUGCCAGCGUGUCAUGGUCCGAGGAAGCGAGUGUUGUCGCAGUAGGAUAUAAGUGCAACAGAGUGCAUCUCUAUGAUGCAGAGUCUCUCAAACUUGGGAGAUCCCUUGACUGUCACAAGGGAAGAGUGGGCUCUCUUUCAUGGAACGGUUACCUAUUAACGACAGGAAGCAAGGAUAGGGCCAUCGUCAGUCAUGAUGUGAGAGCCCGUAAUAGUGUGGUGUGUUAUGUUAAGGCGCACAAGGCAGAGGUUUGUGGCUUGAAAUGGUCGAACACAGGCAAGAUAUUAGCGAGUGGUGGAAAUGACAAUGUGGUUUACUUAUGGGAUGUGCGCAAAAUGGGCCCAAGACAACAAUUGUAUAGAUUUAACGAUCACCAUGCAGCUGUAAAGGCCCUUGCUUGGUGUCCUUACGAUGAUAAAAUGCUCGCCUCGGGAGGUGGCACUUCUGAUGGUUCUAUUAAGAUGUGGAACACACAAAAGGGGACCUGCAUCAGUAGCACUAACACUAAAGCACAGGCAAGUUUUGGUGAUUAUGCAAAUUGUGGAAGUGCUUUUUAG